UGGAAGAGUUUUACGGAGAAAGGGAAGCUCGACGCAUGCUUCCUUCCUUAAUGUCGGCCGGCCCGAAGGAUUCGAGUGUUGCAGCGGUGUUCAGUGGCUCGCGUUGGAUCUCCAGUGAUCGUUCUAGCGAACUCCGUGGAUCGCGCGCGUUCCGUGAAUCACGGGUGGAUCGCGUUCCCAGGUUAACGUCGACUUCCCAACUAGUCGGCAACCCGAUAAGUACCGACUCCUGCAUGUGAACUUGCUGUUCCGUUCUUCGACGGACGUUGUUGCAUGACCACUUUACGACACGAAGUGAUAGCGAGAGAAGGAAACUGUUUCUGUUCGUGUAUAUUCUUUUCGUUAAAUUUUCAUUUUGAGAGGACGCUUCGUUUUCGUUAAGUACUUGUCACGAUGUCACUGUCUGCAUGGUGUUACUGCAUGUCGAAUGGUAAUUUCACAUUCGACAAGACGCCGUUGACGUCUAGUUAAAGCUAUGGAUGAUGAGGUAAUUGGGAACCAAAACAAUAAGAGAUCACCGAUGACACUAAACGUCAGUGGGUUGUGGGACGUUGUCCCGCGAUUGGAUCAUUACAGAUUGAGUCGGCGAGCUAAGAGGCCAUCGUUGAGCACCCUGCACGAAGGAAAUCUUAUAAAGGACCCCAAUAUAGAAGCUGGCCAGGUUGGAACAUCCCAGCAGAAUCACACAGGAAUAAAGCUAGGAUGGAUUCAGGGUGUCCUUAUACCAUGCCUCCUCAAUAUAUGGGGUGUAAUGCUCUUCCUACGACUGUCGUGGGUGGUAGCUCAGGCCGGCAUAUUGCAGAGCGUCAUCAUUAUCGGAAUAUCAGCGUCAGUCUGCGUCAUCACGACGCUUAGCCUCAGCGCAAUUAGUACUAAUGGGGAAGUAAAGGGAGGUGGUAUAUACUUCAUCAUAUCGCGAACUCUGGGUGCAGAAUUCGGAGCCUCCGUUGGUAUCGUAUUUGCAUUUGCCAACGCAGUCUCAGCUUCGAUGAACACCAUCGGUUUCUGCGACUCUCUGAACGACCUGCUAAAAGAACAUAACUUGAAAAUUAUUGACAACGGGGUGAACGAUGUUCGAAUCGUGGGCAUAUUCGCGCUGAUCGCUAUGAGUAUGAUUUGCGCAAUCGGAAUGGAAUGGGAAUCUAAGGCACAAAAUUUCCUCAUAGCCAUCAUCGUUGCAGCCAUCUUUGAUUUCCUGAUCGGUACUAUUAUUGGCCCGUCGGACAUAUAUCAGCAAGCACGUGGAUUUCGUGGAUUCUCUUCUGAGGUGUUCAUGAGCAACAUGGGAACGGACUAUCGCUUCUCGGAGGGCAGCAACCAAACGUUCUUUUCCGUGUUCGCCAUCUUCUUUCCGUCGGUGACCGGAAUUCAAGCGGGCGCCAACAUAUCCGGCGAUUUGAAAGAUCCAGCGAGCAGCAUACCGAUUGGAACCCUCCUCGCAUUGCUGAUUUCGAUGUUGAGCUACCUCACGUUCGUCAUCUUCGCUGGUGGUGCUGCCCUGAGAGACGCGAGUGACCAAGUGAUCAACGGCACCAUCAUAAGUUGUAUUCCAGAAGUGAAUUGUACUCAAGGACUGCACAACAGUUACUCGGUGAUGCAACUCAUGUCAGUUUGGGGUCCGUUCAUCUACGCUGGCUGCUUCGCCGCGACCCUUUCGACAGCUCUAACGAACUUGUUGUCGGUGCCACGACUGAUACAGGCGCUGGGACAAGAUCGAAUUUAUCCAGGUCUAAUCUACUUCAGCAAAGGAUACGGGAAACACGGUGAACCGUAUCGCGGCUAUGUCCUGACGUUCUUCGUUGCAGUGUUAUUCCUUUUGAUAGCGAACUUGAAUGCAGUUGCACCUUUGAUAUCGAACUUCUACUUGGCGUCGUACGCCUUAAUUAACUUCUGCACCUUUCACGCGGCGUUGAUUCGACCACUCGGAUGGCGGCCUACCUUCAAAUAUUACAACACCUGGUUGUCGCUGUUUGGCUUUAUCACGUGCGUUGCUAUAAUGUUCAUGAUCGACUGGGUGACAUCGUUCGUCACGUUCGUCAUCAUUUUCGCGUUGUAUUUGAUUGUCGUUUAUCGAAAACCGGAUGUGAAUUGGGGCAGCAGCACGCAAGCUCAGACGUACAAGACCGCGCUAUCCACCGUGUACAGAUUGAAUUCCAUGGACUCGCACGUGAAGAAUUACGCACCUCAAAUAUUGGCGCUAACUGGACCACCCAGCGCUAGACCAGCAUUGUUACAUCUGGCAAAUCUCAUUACGAAAAACCAUUCGCUGCUGAUCUGCGGAGAGGUAUAUCCGACCAAUCUAUCGUAUCGUUUCCGAUCUGUACGACUGAGAAAUGGCUACGCGUGGUUGCACCAGCAACGCAUAAAAUCGUUUUACCACGUGGUGGAAGACUUAAGCUUCGAGCGAGGUGCAUCAGCUUUGAUGCAAGCCUCGGGUGUUGGAAAAUUGGCACCGAACGUGGUUCUGAUGGGCUAUAAAACCCACUGGUCGACGUGCAACUACAAGGAUCUUCAAGAAUACUUCAACGUCCUCCACAACGCGUUCGACCAAAAAUUAGCCGUGGCGAUGCUUCGAAUCGCGGAAGGUUUGGAUUGCUCUGGAGUUGCAACUGCAAACGGCGACGAGGAACACGGUGCACUGGCGCAGAGUAGCUACGACUUGACGGGAAGCACUUUGAUGCACGUCGAUAGCAACUUGUCUAUGUCCAGCCAAAUUCCAAGAGUUCAGAGUGUCCCUACGAUGGGAACUCCGUUUGCGCCUGUCGAGGGACCACAAAUAAUUAGAGACUCGCCAACUCAUGGAAGCGCUCGCGAACACCUCAAACAUAAGAGGAAAAAUGCAAUCGAAAAGUUAAUAGAAAAACGACAAGCAAUGGCAACUGUGCCUGAACACUUGGCAAUUUUCCAGAGGAAACAUAAGACUGGCACAAUUGACGUGUGGUGGUUGUACGACGAUGGAGGUUUGACGAUCCUUUUGCCAUACAUUAUUAGUACGCGCUCGAAUUGGGAGCAUUGCAAAAUGAGAAUUUUUGCGCUGGCCAACCAUAAGCAGGACAUUGUGGCGCAAGAGAAAGAAAUGUCGGAGAUCAUGACAAAGUUCAGGAUAAAAUAUACCAGCCUGAAAAUGGUGGAUGACAUUAGCGUACAACCAAAACAGGAAACGCAAGAUUUCUUUGACAAACUUAUAUCCGAUUUCCGAAAAAACGAUAAUUCCGACACAGAAUGCUGCGUGACAGAGCUUGAACUUCAAUCUCUAAAAGAUAAGACCCAUAGACAAUUGAGACUUCGCGAGUUAUUAUUGGAGAACUCCAGUCAGUCUACAUUGGUUGUGAUGUCAUUACCAAUGCCACGAAAAGGAGCAGUUUCGGCUCCACUUUACAUGGCAUGGUUGGAAGCGUUAACGAAGGAUAUGCCACCGACACUUUUAAUACGUGGAAACCAUACAUCGGUGUUGACAUUCUAUUCGUAGUCCACCGACAUUAUUCUAAACGAUAAUAUAAUUUUAGCCUCUAGAAGAUUUGCAUUGAGCAGCGUCAUGGUAAAGUCAACGCGACAGCAAUGACACUUUCUGAUGCGGACAGACAGUAUUCGGUAUAUUCAUGCCAAAAGUUAUUUAAGUGUUACGAUCUGUUUUCGUUUUUAUAUAGUAUUUUUCUCAACUUCGAACCCUGUGGUACUUAACGACGAUAUUAUUUUAGCGUAAAUGCGAAAGACAAACGAUAUAGGGACUUCGAUACUUGUAAAAGUUUAAGGUGCGAGAGAAGUAUAUAAUACAAACUCCAUGAAAAAUGUGCUCUGCCUAAGUACGAGAAAUUGUCUUAUUUAGUUAGAUUAAUAAUAAACGACUUUUAUAUUAUGUGUGAACACUAGAAACGGUUUGAAAAUAUGACCGACCAUUUUUUCUAAGCAUGUACUCAACUUAGCGACAUAUAAUCCAUUAACUUAGUAAUUAUUUUUGUAAUAGGAUUAAACAUGUAGUAGAGAAUUCAGACAGCAAAACAAAAAAUGAAUAUUCUCUAUUUCCAAUUCAUGAUUUAUAUUUAUAAAAUAAUGUCAAUUAACCAAUUAAUUCUGUGAACGCAAACAUAAUAUCGUCUAUUGAUAACUAUGUAAAGGGCAAUCUCUUUCCAGACGAAACAUUUAAUACAAAUGCACCACUUGUACAUAUGAUAACUCAAGCAAAAUAAGUAGAAUGUAAUCUACACAUAAUUGUGAAACAUGUAAUUUAUUUUGUAAUGCAUUCAACGACAUUAAAAAUCUAAUAUUAAUUAUAAUA